AUGGCCAAAAAAACUAGCGGCCGCACGACUAGGUCUUCCCGAGGUUCAGUCCAAAAACCAAAGCAAUCUGUUGGCCGGAAGAGAGCAAAAGAUGUUGAGAACCCCGACGAGGAUGAAUCCGACUUCCGUGAUGAUGCGGAUCGUGGGUCAAGCAAUAGAUCCCAUUCUGAAAGUGAUCACGAACCGACUUCCUCAACCAACCGUUCGAAACGAGUCUCUGCAGCAAAGAAGGGAAAAAAGGGUGGAGGCAAGAAGCCAAGUGACAGUACUGCUAACAACAAUCCAGACCCUCAAAAUCGGACCAAACAACCACAGGAAAGCAAUGUCAACAAAAAGCAGUCUAGUCCCAUCUUCCGCUCUCGUCAUCCUGGGUUAGAGAUGGAUACCUUUGAGGAAUCACUCAACGAUUGGACUCUUGUGGCUCUUCGACAAGAUAUCGCCAAACAGGCCUCAAAAGCAAAUCGAGCACAUCCUGAUAUUGACGCUUUAGUCAAAACUAUCAGAAUGCAAUAUGAAAAACGCAUGUUGAUGGCUGCGCUGAUGGGAGGGGUUCCUGAAGCAGUUGUUUGGAAGAUUGUAGGAGAAGGAGGGAAGAAGGGUAAUGUGAAUUCCUGGAUUCGUUUCCUCGGUUUCUGUAAGCGUGCUCUUGAAGAAAAGUUACCAGAACGAGCUACUAGGGAUGAUUGGGUUACCCGGAACAAGAAGCUUGCUAAAGUGUGGAAGGGCUUCACAGACGAUGAGAAGACAGUCUUCAAAGAUCCUUAUUUUUUUGCUCUAGCAAAUCUACCCGAUCUAUCUUAUUUCGAACGUGAAGAUGCUGAAGAUGAAGAUGCAGAAGACCUCAGUAUGGACCACCUUGACGCCUCCUCGACCGCUCCCAAGGUGCAUCAACUUAGCGAAGAUGAUCGGACGAAAUACAUGCCUAUUUUCAAGGAACUUGUUGAUGUUGAAAAGCUGCUUGUGUGUCACGGCCGGCAGGAUCCUACUUCUUCUGUAGCAACAUUACAGAAGAAGUCAUUAUCUGAGGUACAGAAAGCUCAUCACGAUUUCUCCGUUGUUUGUCAACGUUAUCAAAUCACCUACUAUCUUACUGCCGUCAGUUGUGGUAGUUACAAGGGCUGGUCACAGACUUUUUCAAACGACGUAUCUUUUGCUAAAUGGGCUGAGACUCACCCUAAAAUACCGAGUAAAUUUAAAACUUAUAUUCAUGGGAAGACUGUCGGAAAAGAAAUUGAAGCGCCCACCAAGGUUCAGCAACCUAGUGAUGAGCGCAAAACUAGACUUACACGCCAGUUGAAUUCUUUAGUUGAUGUGGUCUUUAAAGGAAAUAUAUUUCCAAAACUUGAAGAUCCACAAGGCGAGAUGGUAGAGAGGGGUUGGCCAAUUCGCAUUGUUCAGAAGCCAGGCAGCCUAUUAUCACCGGAGUUACUUGAACUGGGCCAUCGGCGAGCUAAGGGUUCUACUAUACAAUUAUGGCUGAAAGAUAUUGAAAGUGGACACUUUGCGAUAGAAUUAAUUCCAGAAGCCGAGCGACAACCCAAACCAAAAAAAUCAAAAAAAAAGAAGAAAUCAAAACAACAACGAUCAGCUAGCUCAUCUGAAGAAGAAAGAGACGAACCUACACAAUCACAAGCUCCACAAGCUCGAGUUACCAAUCAAGGACUCGCAGAUAGUGACGAUGAAGAACAGCCGAGAGCUUCCUCUGAUCAACGAUCGCAGGUUCAAUCAAAAAAACGAAUUCGUGAUGAUUCCGCUAAUCCCGAUGACCACCCCGGUCUCCAGCCUCCAAAUCAUAAACAGAGACAUUCCAAAACCCAGACGCCUCACCUUCGAACCGACCAAACUUCGGCCAAUGUACGCAACACUGAUGAACAUGAUGAUGAAAAUAAUUCUACAUUGGAUGGAUCACCGAUACAUGAUGAUUAG